AUGAUGCAUCAAGGAGGCCUGUCAUUGUUCAUCUUGAUUCUAUAUUUCACCUCCGUUUUCGGCCAAGUCAGCUACUCGAUCCCGGAGGAAAUGGAGAAAGGCUCGUUGGUUUCAAAUGUGGCUCAAGAUUUAGGCUUGGACCUGAAAAGGCUGAAAUCCGGGCGAGCUCGCAUUCAUUCUGGAGACAAUGCGGAAUAUAUCGAGUUGGAUAAGGAUAAAGGGCUGCUCCUUGUGAAGGAGAGGAUAGACAGAGAGACACUGUGCGGUGAGACGACGCUCUGCGCUUUGCAUUUACAGAUGAUUUUGGAAAAUCCUAUGAAAUUAUUUCGCAUCACUAUUGAAAUCACAGACAUAAACGACAAUGCUCCACGUUUUGCAUCCAGCAGUAAACGUUUUGAGAUCAGCGAGUCGGCCGUCGUCGGCUCCAAAUUUGUGCUAGAAAAAGCCAUUGAUGCUGAUAUAGGUUCAAAUGGUCUCCAAAGUUACUCGCUUAGUCCAACCAAUAAUUUUCAUCUGAAAUUAGAAAAUCAAGCAGACGGGCGUAAAAAGGUGGAGAUGAUAUUACAAAAGGCACUAGAUCGAGAACAGCAGGAGAAGAUUUCCUUGUUAUUAACAGCCUUUGAUGGCGGAACACCGCGCAGGUCAGGAACAAUGCAGAUUAUUAUUCAUGUAUUGGAUGUAAAUGAUAACGCUCCAGUGUUUACUAAGACUUUAUACAAGGCAAGUAUUAGAGAAAAUGCACCCAAAGGGUCCAGUGUAAUAACAAUUAGUGCAUCUGACAAAGACAGCGGCUCUAAUGGACAAAUAUCAUAUGUAAUAUCCCAAAACGUGCUUAUAUCCAAAUUAUUUGAGAUUGAUAGUGCAACUGGGGAUGUUAUUUUAAUGGGUGAUAUUGAUUAUGAGAAAACAAAAUUAUUGGAAAUAGAUAUUGAAGCUGUAGAUAAUGGAGGCCUGUCUGAUUCGAGCAAAAUCUUGAUAGACGUCAUUGAUUUAAAUGACAAUUCUCCUCAAAUAAAAAUUCUUUCUAAAUCAGAUUCAAUUUCAGAGGACUCUCCUGAGAAUACUGUUGUCACUAUGUUAAGUGUUAAUGACCCUGACUGGGGCAGCAACGGAGAGGUGAAAUGUAAAUUCAGUGAUGAUAUUCCAUUUAAGAUAGAGAACACAAUGAAUGGAUUUUAUAGUUUAGUAACAGAGAUAACUUUGGAUAGAGAAUCUGCUUCCGAGUAUAAUAUAACAGUAAUAUGUUUUGAUGAUGGGGUGCCCUCCCUCUCCAGCAGCGUCACUCUUACUUUACACAUCUCAGAUGUGAACGACAACCCACCUGUUUUUGAGAGGACUUCAUAUGAAGCCUCAAUUGUUGAAAACAACACACCAGGCCUUUCUAUACUCACUGUAAAAGCCAGUGAUGCUGACUGGAACCAAAAUGCUCGCAUUUCUUACAUCCUGGAGGACUCCUCUGUUAACGGAGUUCCAGUCUCCUCAUAUGUGUCAGUUAGUGCUGAGAGUGGAAUCAUCCACGCAGUUCGUUCUUUGGACUUUGAGCAGCUAAAGGAGUUCCACUUCCGUGUAAGAGCUCAGGACGGAGGAUCGCCUCCCUUGAGCAACAACGUGAGCGUGACCAUUCUAAUCCAGGAUGCCAACGACAACGGCCCUCAGGUUCUGUACCCAGUUCAAACAGGCAGCUCAGUGCUGGCUGAAAUGGUCCCUCGUUCUGCAGACGUAGGCUACCUGGUGACUAAAGUGGUGGCUGUGGAUGUAGACUCGGGACAGAAUGCCUGGCUCUCGUAUAAAGUGCAAAGAGCUACAGACAGAGCAUUGUUUGAAGUAGGCCUCCACAAUGGGGAAAUAAGAACUGUCCGCCAAGUGACUGAUAAAGAUGUUGUCAAGCAAAGACUGACUGUUGUAGUGGAGGACAACGGGCAGCCCGCUCGUUCAGCUACUGUCGUUGUUAACGUGGCGGUGGCGGACAGCUUCCCUGAAGUGCUGUCCGAGUUCACUGACUUUACCAUGCACGACAAAGAGUAUGAUGACAAGCUGACUUUUUUCUUAGUCUUGGCUUUGGCGGUGGUCUCCUUCCUCUUUAUCACCUGCUUGUUGCUGAUCAUAUCAGUAAAGGUUUACAGGUGGAGACAGUCCCGCAUCUUGUGCCAUUCUAACCUACCCGUCAUUCCAUAUUAUCCGCCGCGCUACUCAGAUACUAUGGGGACAGGGACUCUUCCUCACGUCUACAAUUAUGAAGUGUGCAGGACCACUGAUUCAAGGAAAAUUGACUGUAAAUUGGACAGAGCUGCAAGUCACAAUAUUUUGUGUAUGGACCCAAGUUCUACAGGGACCAUGCAAAAGAUAUACAGGGAAAAGAACAUACUGGAUGAACUUGACUCUCCUCUUGAGUCGGUUUAUGAAAUCGUGUCAGACGCUUAA